GCGCAGCCAUGCAGGUCCCCAGCCCCAGCGCGCGCGAGGCGGCCUCCAUGUACAGCACGGCGGUGGCCGUCUUCCUGGUCCUCCUGGUGGCCGUGCUGCAGGGCUUGGCCCCCCCCGAGAGUCCUCUCCCCUACCGAAUCCCCCUGGACCCCAAGGGGGACCUGGAACUCUCCUGGGAUGUCAGCUACACGCAGAAGACCAUCUAUUUCCAGCUCCUGGUGCAAGAGCUCAAGGCUGGGGUCCUGUUUGGGAUGUCGGACCGUGGGGAGCUGGAGAACGCUGACCUGGUCGUGCUCUGGACCGACGGGGACAAUGCCUAUUUUGGGGAUGCCUGGAGUGACCAGCGGGGACAGAUCCACCUGGAUUCCCAGCAGGAUUACCAGCUGCUGCGGGCACAGAGGACCCCGAAAGGCCUAUGUCUACUCUUCAAGAGGCCAUUUGGCACUUGUGACCCCAAGGAUUACUUCAUUGAGGAUGGCACCGUCCACCUGGUGUACGGGGUCUUGGAGGAGCCUUUUGGGUCGCUGGAGGCCAUCAACACGUCGGGGCUGCAGAAGGGACUGCAGAGGGUACAGCUGCUGAAGCCCAAGAUCUCCAUCCCAGCCUUGCCGGAAGACAGGCGCACCAUGGACAUCCAAGCCCACAACGUCCUGAUCCCCAGCAAGACCACGUACUGGUGUCACCUCACCAAGCUUCCACAAGACUUCCCCCGGCACCACAUCGUCAUGUACGAGCCCAUCAUCACCAAGGGGAACGAGGCCCUGGUCCACCACAUAGAGAUCUUCCAGUGCACCAAACAGUUCCAGAACAUCACCUCAUUCAGCGGGUCCUGUGAUUCCAAGGAGAAGCCCCAAGAGCUCAAAGUCUGCCGCCACGUGCUGGCCGCCUGGGCCCUGGGCGCCAGGGCAUUUUACUACCCAGAGGAAGCAGGCCUUGCCUUUGGGGGCUCCAAUUCCUCCAGAUUUCUCCUUCUGGAAAUUCACUACCACAACCCGACGAAUAUCCGAGGCCGCUAUGACAACUCAGGCAUCCGCCUCCACUACACGGCCAAGCUGCGGCACUUCAACGCGGGGAUCAUGGAGCUGGGGCUGGUGUACACGCCCGUGAUGGCCAUCCCCCCGAAAGAGUCGGCCUUCGUCCUCACCGGCUACUGCACGGCCAAGUGCACCCAGGCGGCCCUGCCUCCCUUAGGGAUCCGCAUCUUUGCCUCUCAGCUCCAUACACACCUGACCGGGACAAAGGUGGUCACCAUGCUGGUCCGGGAUGGCCAAGAGAUAGAGAUCGUGAACAGGGAUGACCACUACAGCCCUAACUUCCAGGAGAUCCGCAUGUUGAAGAAGACUGUGUAUGUCUACCCGGGGGACGUGCUCAUCACUUCCUGUACAUACAACACAGAAGACAAGAAUGAGGCCACUGUGGGGGGCCUGGGGACCCAGGAGGAGAUGUGCGUCAACUACAUCCACUACUACCCGCAGACACAGCUGGAGCUCUGCAAGAGCCAUAUAGACCCCUGCUUCCUGCAGAAGUAUUUCCACCUAGUGAACAGGUCCAACCUAGGGGAAUACUGCACCUGCCCUCAGGCUUCUGGCACCACCUGCCCUCAGGCCUCUGGCACCACCUGCCCCCGGGCCUCCGUCCCCGAGCAGUUUGCUUCGGUUCCCUGGAACUCCUUCAGCCGAGUGGUGCUCAAGGCCCUGUAUGACUUCAUACCCGUGACCGUGCACUGCAACAAGUCCUCAGCCGUCCGCUUCCCGGGUAAAUGGGAUCUGCAACCCCUGCCUGAGAUCAUCUCCAAGCUAAAAGAGCCUACCCCUAGGUGCCCAACCAGCCGGGAUCAGAGCUCCUCCAGCCUCACUGUGGUCAACAUCGGUGGGGGCAAAGUUUGAGUGGGGAGCUGUCUCUCACUCCCUCUUCCACGCUGUGGCUGUGGCUCACAUCAGCUCCGUGCACCCCCAUCCUGUGAAGACCCCUGUGGAAUAGCUCUGCCUGCCCAGGAUGAAUGGGCUGGGCCGAACCCCUGCCUGAGACCAUGGUCCAUUCUAGCCUCCACCUCUCAAGGACACCCCACCCUUGCAAGGCCGAGAGGGUCCCAUGAGAGUUUCUUAUCAACCCACCCGGGACUGGGGUGACCCACACCUUCCCCACACCAGCCUUGGUGGUCUGGAGUCCAGUGUGCCCCUCCACUGUCCCCGAAAGCCCUGCCUAUCUCGCUGGGAGGGGCUGGUCCUGGGAGAUGAGCCAUGCCUGGCAGUGGGGCAGCCCCCUCAACGCGGCCUCCGCAUCCCCAGCCCCUGCCGAUGGCGAUCUGUGUUGGUGUGCUGUGGGUACACGUGCUACUUAAACAUC